CUACAGUACCUAGUAACGUUAGGAACCCGCCGUAAAGGGAACCCCGACAUCGCAGGCGCCGCACUGUCGGUCUUAGUACUUGUAUAAGCGCCCUCGUCCUCCGCCCACGAUAUCUGGAAUCCAUCCCCCCUGUUGCCGUCGACUCGAUACCAUACCCCUUCUGCACAGCUCAUGGCGCAUUGCCAACAUAUGUCUUUCUGCGUUUAGGUAUUGUUCUUCUUUCUCUCCAGCAUCCCACAAUGGCGCAACAGCAGCAGCAGACCGGCAGUCCUCCGCGGCCGCGGAUCCUGCUCCUCAACCCCAACUCCAACACGGGCAUGACCGAGUCCAUGGCCGCCGUCGCGCGAUCCACGCCCGUCUCGCCAUUCCUCGACAUCGUCCCCUACACCUGCGCAUCCGGCACCUGCCCCAGCAUCGACAACCAGCACGACAUCGACGCCAGCGCGCGGAGCAUCUGGCGCGACAUACGCGUCGAAAGGACCGUCGACCCGCGUGACUAUGAUGCCGUUCUCGUGGCCUGCUUCAGCGUCCAUCCGCUCGUGCGCGAGCUCGCCGCUGCAGACGCCCUCCUUCACCUCCCCGCCCCUACCAACGAAGACGACCGCGGAGGUAGCAGUAGCAGGGCCCCGCCUCUCGUGACGGGCAUCUUCGAGGCGGGCGUACACGCGGCCGUCACGCUCGUGAACAGCAUCAGCGGUCGUGACGGUGACAGUGACGGCGACCGCGCGGCGCAAUGGGGCAUCAUCACCACGGGCGAGUUCUGGGAGGCGCACCUAACCGAGGGCGUCGGCGCCGCGACGGCGGGGGGAGCGGCGCGGUUCGCGGGCACCUUCUCGACGGGGCUCACGGCGGGGCAGAUGCACAGCAUGUCCGCCGACGAGGUCAGGGAGCGGCUGGCCGUGGCGGCGAGGCGGCUGCUACUGCAGCAGGGGGGCGAAGGUCGCGGCAGUGGCAGCGUGCGGUGCAUCGUUAUGGGCUGCGGUGGCAUGGCUGGGCUGGAGGACACGAUUCGCGAGACGGCCCGCGAGCUGCACGGCGACGACGUGGCCGAUGGGCUGUACAUCAUAGACGGCGUCAAGGCGGGCGUCAUGUACCUGUACCAGGUGCUGGCGAGCAGAAAGAUGUAUAGCGCUCGCAAGUCAUAGCUGAAUAGCCAAAGAGAAGAGC